GUUCUCCUCGUUUUCGUGGGACCGUCCGUAUUAUUGUUGCUUUUUGCCUAUCGCUCGAGCAAGUUGAAGGACUUCCCAUCAGCUGCAGGAUUCAACGAAAGAAUGGUAGAUACUGGCGAGAGGCUUAUGAAGUCAUGAGGAGUUCACCUUG